UCAGCUCCACUACUUGCUGUCUUGCUGCCGCCACGCUGCUCCUCCCCGCUCCACCGAUCGGAGGAACUCAGGCAGCCACCACUUCCUCCCUUCCUUCCUUGCUCAGCUCCGAUUUUAUCCAACCUAUCCAUCUAUAUUUUAUCCAUCCUUCCUCCGUCACCAUCAGCUCCCCGCGCGCGCGUGCAUAUCCGCAGGGCGCAGGCGAUGCUCUGCUCGGCCCGCAUGCUGGCCUGCAGCGGCCUCGGCGGCCCCGGGGGGCGGCUCCGGCCGUCGCCGCGGCCGGGGGCCUACGCUGACCGGCUGCGGCCGCCGCUGCCGGCGCGCAGGUGGCGGGUCGCGUCCUCCGCCGCCGCGUCGGGCGGAUCCCCCGACCUGCCGUCGUCGUCGUCGUCGUCCUCGCCGCCUCCGACGCCUGCAGCAGCGUCGUUCGGCUCUGGUGAUGAGCAGGCCGCCGGCUCCCCGGGGUUUUGUAUCAUUGAAGGGCCUGAGACAGUCCAGGAUUUUGAAAAGCUGGACUUGCAGGAGAUUCAGGAUAAUAUUAGGAGCCGCCGGAACAAGAUCUUCUUGCAUAUGGAGGAGAUUCGCAGGUUGAGAAUACAACAAAGAAUAAAGAAUGUUGAACUUGGGAUCUCAGUUGAUGUGCCUGAAGGGGAACUUCCUGAUUUUCCAUCAUUCAUUCCAUUCUUGCCUCCCCUGAGUGCAGCUAAUCUCAAAAUCUACUAUGCUACGUGUUUCACUUUGAUUGCUGGGAUAAUGGUUUUCGGUGGAUUUCUUGCACCAAUUCUGGAACUUAAACUCGGUGUGGGAGGAACAUCUUAUGCAGACUUCAUCCGCAGUGUCCAUUUGCCGAUGCAACUGAGUCAGGUAGAUCCUAUUGUGGCAUCGUUCUCAGGUGGAGCAGUUGGAGUUAUCUCCGCUCUAAUGGUUGUUGAGAUCAACAAUGUCAAACAGCAGGAGCAUAAGCGGUGCAAAUAUUGUUUAGGAACUGGAUACCUGGCCUGUGCUCGCUGUUCAAGUACCGGAACUCUGGUGCUUACUGAACCGGUUUCAACAUUCAGCGAUGGUGAUCAGCCUUUAUCUACGCCAAGAACAGAGAGGUGCCCAAAUUGUUCAGGCGCAGGAAAGGUGAUGUGUCCAACAUGUCUCUGCACGGGGAUGGCAAUGGCAAGUGAGCACGACCCUCGAAUUGAUCCGUUUGAUUAAAAUGCACGUCAUAGUUCAGAAAUUCUUGUACCACUAUAUAAACUGUUUGUAGAUAAUAGUAUUGACAGGCGCGCCUGGGGUUCCAGGCUUACGAAUAGGGCAACACUUCACAUCUUAGUGAUGUGCGGAGCGAAUCGCUUGAAUUGAACAGUGGACAAUUCAGAGGUGUAUGUUGUCAAAGCUGUAUCACUGUAUCUGUAUAGUAUGUUUAUGGCACCCAACACUAACAGUUCAAUUCCACGAAUUAUUUAUCUGCGUUUUGCUUGCUUUUCAA